UGAUGGCUGCGCGGAAGCGGCGGGGUUAGGGGUUAGGAACCAGGCCUCCGCCGCCUGGUUCCUGGGGCCGCGACCAGGAACCUCAGCCUGCGGGAGUCAGCCAGGAGCGAGGUCCAAGCCUGGGGCCGCGCAUCGGACGGCGGCGGCCCGGCAGGCCAUGUCUGAGGACUCCCCGUCGCUGUGGGAGCUGGUGGAGGAGCACGUUCCGCUCCCAGAGCAGCCCGAAGUAAAGAGAAUUCUAGGGGAGACGGCAGUGGACCUGAGCCUGGAGCUGCGGGCAGAGGUGGUGAUGCUACGAUCACUGCUCCGAGAGGCUCGAUCCUCCCAAGCCCCUGGCUCCCGCCCCACCUUUCACCCUUCCUCCCUUCUGGCACCGCCGCCCCUUCUAAGAGAUCUCGUGCGCCGGGAACUGCGGCAGCUGCUCCAAGGUCUCCGCCAGAAGGCCAUCUGUGAGGGCAGGGACCAGACCCAGGCUUGGGCCCAGUAUAGCCCCAGGAUCCUGCGCUUUGCCUUGGAAGAGCCCAGGUGUGAUUUGCCAGAACAGGAAAUAUUCCAGAUGAGGGCUGGUGAAUCCAGCAGCUGUCCCAGAGACCUCAGCAUCAUCAAGGACCAACUGAAUGUGUACAACAUUGACCAGGUGGCCAGACACCUGCGGGCCCUGCUGGAGGAGGAGUGUCGUAUGUUGGAGAGGGAGAUUCCCAUCCUGCAGCGCUGCCUGGAAGGGGAGUACACAGGGGCACCCCAGCCCUCCGAGGCAACCCUAGAGCCCACCCUGGCAGAGCUAAAGGAACAGAAGGCAGCCAUGCAACGGGCGCUGCAGUCACCUCCGAGGCCCUCCCCGGUCUCCCCCAGCCACAGUGGCCCUUGGGGUCCUCCAGCCAGGGUCUCAGACCCUUGCCUUGCCUCCGUGGGGCUGCUGGAGUUUGGACCAGGCCUCUCCAGUGCUGCCUGCCUGUUCCUCCUCCGGAGUGCUGCCCCAAGCCCCGAGGCCCGGCUGCCACCUGCCGCUGGGGGCGGAAGCUUCAGUGCAGCCCCAGGAAAAGGCCAAUGUCCACUCCAAUGUCUAGCUCAACACCCCAGACCCCAACCUGAAGGGUCAGUCAGGAAAGAGGCUUCAGCUUCUGCUGGCAUUCGCCCCAUCUGCUGCUGCCACCUCUCAGCUGCGGUGAGCCAGCCCACUUCAGAUCUGGUCUUGGAUCAGCCCUCAGCAGGAUCCCGAGGCUGUCUGUCACCCCGCCCCCUCACCAGGUCUGACCAUCAUAGCCUUUGGCCUUUCUCCUCCCAGGCAUCCCUCAAAGGCCUGGUGGGAAGAGGUCUCAUCUCAGCCCUGACUCUUGUUCCCCUGGGGGAACCCAGAUAAAGCACAGCAGCUGCUCAGAGACAGGAAUAGAAAUUUCAUUAAAAUCUAUGGACUUUAAAA